AUGCCGCCAUCCUCUCCUUUGGACAUGCCCGCCCCAGAUUCAACGCUUGGAGCGCUCCUCAUCGGCGUCCUUGUGUCGGUUCUGCUGUUUGGCCUCCUCACUAAUCAGGUCUAUAUUUAUGCCAGUCGGUUUUCGAAUGAUACGGUCAAAAUGAAGGGUCUGGUUGCGCUAGUUUGGCUAUGCGAACUUGCCCAUGUCAUUUGCAUAACGCAUAUGCUGUAUCGCCUCGUUAUCAAGGACUUUGCACACCCCGAGCGGAUCCAGUUCGAAGGCUUAGGACUUACACUGGGCUUAUCGACGGUUUUCAACGCAAUUGUGGCGAUGUGUGUCCAAGGCUUCUUUGCAUAUCGCAUCUAUCGCUUGUCGAAAACUCUGGUCAUCUCCUUCAUCUCUUGGAUCCUUUCCUUCCUUUUCUUCGUCGCAAGUUUAACCGUAUUUGUUCUUGGUCUGAAGAGCGCUGUGUAUGGAACGUUUCAAAGUCAGUGGGGAUGGCUACUGGACACAACCUGGUCCCUUGCAGCGGGAAACGAUCUGCUUAUCGCAUUGACGCUGGCGGUGCAAUUUUGGAUUUGGCGAAGGGACGAGCCUACGGUCCAGACAAUCGCAUUGGUGGACAAGCUGAUUGCUUGGACAAUCGAGACUGGGCUUGUGACGAGUGCAGCAGCACUCGUCAAUCUUGUUUGCUUCGUUGUGAUGAAGGAUAACUUCAUUUGGAUCGCGUGGUAUGUAGUCACGGCUCGACUCUACUCCAACUCCUUACUCGCGAGUCUGAACUCGCGCGAAACAUUACGCAUGAUGGCAACGGAUACGCGUCACGCACAUUGGAGUUCAUCUCCAAAAUGUCGUUGUGAAUGCCACUACACCUCAGGUCUACACGCGACCUCACGACCACGAUUACGAUCCAAAGCAGAUGAGAACAACGCAUACUCUCUGUCUUACCAUGCAACAGCCUAUCCGAGCAUUACUGACGAGCAAGCCUUUGGCGUUGUGACACCGACGCGGGACGUGAAAGAACUGCGAGAGCCAGCGAAGAGGGACUCGGGUGCAACGUUUGUUGAUGCGGCGCGAGGGCAGCGUCCAGAAAAUCCAAUGUUGCGUUCAUUGCGGGGAGGAGGGUCAAUGCCUGAGCUGGACGCAGAGCUCCAACCGCGUGCCCUAUGA